AUGUCGAGCCAGCCGCUUCUCCAGACCGCGCCAGGCAAGCGCAUCGCGCUUCCAACGCGCGUCGAGCCCAAAGUCUUCUUCGCCAACGAGCGGACAUUUCUUUCAUGGCUCAACUUCACUGUCAUUCUCGGGGCGCUGGCGAUCGGAAUGCUAAACUUUGGCGACCGGCCCGCCUUCAUUUCAGCCUUUCUCUUCACCGGCGUCGCGAUGGCCGCCAUGGUGUAUGCGUUAAUAACGUAUCACUGGAGGGCCAAGUCAAUACGAAUGCGCGGGCAGGCGGGUUUCGAUGACCGAUUCGGCCCCACGUUCCUGGCCAUCAUCCUGCUCCUCGCAGUGGUGGUCAAUUUCGUACUCCGAAUUACCUACAACAGAGAUUAA